AUGGAGAACUCCACUGAGAUUGUGUCUUUUGUGCUGGCAGCCUAUGGUAAUGUUGGAGAGUUCAAAUAUCUGUAUUUCAUCAUAAUGCUGGUAUGGUACCUUUCCAUAUGUGCGGCCAACAUAGUUCUUAUUGUGGUCAUAUAUGUGGACAAAAGGUUGCAUGAACCAAUGUAUAUAUUACUAUGUAAUUUAUUUGUGAAUGAAAUCGGUGGCAGCACAUCUCUGUAUCCUCUCAUGCUCUCACAGAUGUUUUCAGAUACCCAUGAAGUGACACUGCCAUGGUGUUUUCUGCAGAUGUGUUAUAUCUAUACAUGUGCUUCUGUUGAGUUUUGCAGUUUAGCAGCCAUGGCCUACGACAGAUAUGUAGCUAUCUGUGAUCCUUUACACUACAGUGUCAUUAUGAACACAGGGAGAGUAUGUAUCAUCAUUCUGAUUGUAUGGAUGUAUUCAUUUGUUAAUUGUAUAUUCUCUUUUUCAUUAGUCAUCCGUUUAAGAUUUUGUGGAAAUGUCAUUGACAAAGUGUUUUGUCACCACCACUUAGUCAUUAAACUUGCAUGUUCAGCUUCAGUGCUUAACCAAAUGUCUGACCUGCUUUUUGCCUUUAUGACUAUUGUUAUCCCAUUCACUUUCAUUUCAGUCUCUUACAUGAAGAUUUUGGCUGUUUGUCUGAAAACAUGUAAAGAAAACAAGCAAAAAGCUGUCUCCACCUGCACACCACAGAUUGUCUCACUAUCAAACUUGUUUGUUGGAGCUAUAUUCCACAUUAUUAUUGAUUCCAGGCUUGAUGUGCCCAAUGUACCGGAUAAAGUGCGCAUUAUUUUAUCUAUGUAUCUCCUCCUUUGCCAACCAAUGAUCACCCCCUUUAUGUAUGGAUUCAAUCUUCCAAAGAUAAAGGAAUCAUGUAAAAGAUAUCUGUUUAAUCGAAAAUAA